UUAUGAAUGAGAGUAUAUUAAAUAUAUUCCAUCUUCUUUUAUAUUUAAAUCUAUUCCACUUACAGCUGGGCAAAAAUUUUCGCAAAUGCUUCAUAAAAAUAUUUAACAUUUAUUAAUUCAUAUUGAUAUAUUUUAAAUGUUAGAAAUUACAAUACACUUUUCUUCUGCUUUGUAUAUUUCAAACCUAGAAAAGAUUAUUCUGGGUCGUACAGAGAUAUAGUGAACAGUCAUCUUUUAUGAUUAGAGGAUAGUCAAACGAAAGUGACUUUAUAGCAAAAAAUAGCAUUAUGUUUAUGCAUAACAGCAAUUAAGUUCAGGAAAUUCUUUUCUAUGGAGUUGAAAAAUGAGGUUUCACGGACUAUUAUCAACUCUGAUAUUAUUUCAAUUACAGAAUAUAAGCCUACCAGUAUUAGGAACAAACUCAGGGAAACUACUACCUCGAGAUUACCAACUGAUAUACCCUAUCAUCUCAGAAGAACCUCAUAUUCCGAUUGUAUACUCAACCCAGAGACACCGUCGUAGUGCUCCUCAACUCAGGAACAACCUGUUUUUAAACUUCACAGCUUUCAAUCAAACAUUCCAGCUUCAUCUUAGACGUAAUGGACAUUUCGUAGCACCUCAUUCCUUUGUCCAAUAUCGAUAUUACAAUGUAUCAUCAUCAUCUGAAAGUAUUGACAAACAGUGUUAUUUUAAAGGGAAAGUUACCUCGCGGAGAGGAAAAGCUGCUGUAUCCCUAUGUGAUGGUGUGAAUGGAGUGUUGCAGCUUGAGGAUGAUGACUAUAUAUUUGAGCCAGCACCCCAUCAUUUAUUGUCCACAUCUUAUGGUGAUACAGAAGCAUCCCACAUUCUCUACAGAGCCUCAUCUUCAUCAGUUCAAAAUCAAUACUUUGACUCAAAUUAUACUAUAGAAAAUAAUAAAAGUGAUACAUAUUAUAAUCCAUCAAGACGAAAAGAAGAAGAAUUUGAUGAAAACCAGACUUUACCUAAUGGUAGCUAUAUAUAUUUUAACCCUACCAGGACGAAAAGAGCUACGCACAGAAAAUCUGUUAAGACCGUGGAAACAUUGGUGGUUGUAGAUAAACAUGUUUACUGGAAACAUGGAAGAAAUAACAUCACAACAUAUGUACUUAGUAUGUUUAAUAUUGUGUCUCAGUUGUUCCAAGAGAGUGGUGAUGCAUACAGAAUUAAGAUAGUUGUUGUUGGUCUAGUUAUCCUGGAAACAGAUGAGCCAGGUUUGAAUAUAAACAACAAUGCAGACAAGACAUUGAACAGUUUCUGUCAAUGGCAAGCUCUAAUAAAGAAGGGGAGACAACAUCAACAUGACCAUGCCGUCCUCCUUACAGGACUAGAUAUAUGUGCCUUCAGCGACAAACCUUGUGAUACGUUAGGGUUUGCCCCAAUUAAAGGUAUGUGUGAAGAAGCUAGAAGUUGUAUUGUGACUGAGGAUAGUGGUCUCUCUACAGCAUUUACUAUAGCUCAUGAGAUAGGCCACAACUUUGGUAUGAUGCAUGAUGGUACUGACAAUCCAUGUAGAUCCAAUGCAGGAACAAUAAUGUCCCCCACUCUCAGCUCUAGGACAGGGUUGUUCAGGUGGUCAAGAUGUAGUAAACAUUACCUGGACAGAUAUUUCAAUACCAUACAAUCAUCAUGUCUUGAGAACAGACCCCAUGGACUUGGAGAAUUACAGUUCCCAGAGAGACUACCAGGCGAACUAUUUGAUGCAGACACACAAUGUAGAUGGCAAUUUGGAAGAAAUGCAAGACUCUGCAUAUUUGAUUUUGGAAAGAGAGAGAUUUGUCAGAAGUUAUGGUGCUAUAAAGGAGGAUUGAUGUGUGAAACCAAGUUCCUACCCGCAGCAGAUGGUACUUCAUGUGGUAAUGGUAUGUGGUGUAAGCAGGGUAAUUGUGAUUCCUAUGGAAGAAGAGGUCCACAGCCAAGAGAUGGAAAUUGGUCUGUUUGGUCCGUAUGGGAACAGUGCUCUAGGACAUGUGGAGGAGGGGUUAAAAAGAGGAAUAGACUCUGCAGUAAUCCUUUACCACAGUAUGGAGGGAAACAGUGCCAGGGGAAAUCAGAAAUGUUCAAGCUUUGUAAUCUUCAGGACUGUCCAUAUGGCAGCAAAGAUUUUAGAGAAGAGCAGUGUGGCCAUUUUAAUAAACAUAGAUUUAGAGGAUUUAUGUAUAAAUGGAUGCCUUAUAAAAGGAUAUAUGAUGAACAUGACCAGUGUAAGUUGUACUGCCAGGCUGAUGGAUUUAACUUCUAUUAUGCCUUAUCUAAACAAGUAGAAGAUGGGACCAGAUGUAAUGACUACAGUGAUAAUAUCUGUGUACAAGGGAAAUGUAAGACUGUUGGUUGUGACCUGGUGGUUGAUUCUACAGCUAGGAAGGAUGUUUGUGGUGUAUGUAUGGGAGAUGAUUCUACAUGUCGUAAAGUGACAGGAAGAUUUGACAGACAGCCUCCUACUAACACUUAUUUUCCCAUAAUGGUCCUACCAAGAGGAGCUAGAACUAUACAGAUUGCUGAAGAAGCCUUAUCACGUAAUUAUCUAGCUGUCCGGGACAUAUACGGGAAAUACUACCUGAAUGGAAAUUGGCAUCUGAACUCUAAUGGAGCAUACGCCAUUGCUGGAGCUAAGUUUAUAUACAAGAGAAGUUAUAUAGAACCUGAAAUCCUCCAAUCAGACGGACCAUUGUUGGAGGAUGUAGUAUUAGAGAUACUAACACAAGGCAAGAACCCAGGUGUUACAUACCAAUAUACUUUACCUAAAACAGAUGACAGACCAAGGAGAUAUAACUUUACAUGGACGGUCAAAUUGUCUACUUGUAGUGAGCAGUGUGCUGGAGGUAUACAGAAAUCCUCAGCCCACUGUUACCGUGGUGAUGGAGAAGAGGUUAACCCACAUGUUUGUGAACAGAGCUCUCGUCCUAGAACUGGUAUAUCAUCAUGUAAUACCAGACCUUGUCAGCCAAGUUGGUUUUCUGGUCCUUGGACCGAGUGCACUAGAACUUGUGGAGGUGGUAAACAGAAAAGACGUGUUUACUGUAGCCAGAAAUUAUCUCUCACUAAAGAAAGGCGAGUGAGACGUAAUAGAUGUAGCCAUCUUAAGAAACCAGCUAGAAAAAUACCAUGCAACACCCAGGAAUGUCCACCUUCAUGGCAUGCCAAAGCAUGGUCAGAGUGUACUGUAACUUGCGGAUCUGGAAGAAAGGUUAGAGAGGUGACAUGUCUCAGUCAUACAACACGUGGAUCUGUCUUAUUACCAAACAGUAUGUGUGAUCACCACCCUGCUAUGGACAGGGUGACCAGUUGCCAGAUGCCGACAUGUCCACCUGUAGUAACAUACCAAUGGAGUGUUUCCUCUUGGACACAGUGCUCAACAACAUGUGAUUAUGGUACAAGAAGAAGAGAAAUGAUAUGUAAUCGACAGAUAGAAAACAGUGCAGAAAUCCAGACAAUUCGACCUGAGUAUUGUCAGAAUAUACCUCGACCUGUUCAGCAACUGUCAGACAGAUGUAUCAUUCAGGAGUGUACCAAAACAAAGCCAUAUUGGUACACCUCACCUCUAUCUCAGGUAUAUACAAUUGUACCAAAACAAAGCCAUAUUGGUACACCUCCCCUCUAUCUCAGGUAUAUACAAUUGUACCAAAACAAAGCCAUAUUGUGUUCUGUCAGUUGCGGAAGUGGCAGUCAGACCAGACUGGUUCACUGUUUAGAUGAACUUACUCAGGAAUUAUCUACAGGAUGUGAUCGGGGUAGGAAACCAGAUUCUCAAAACAUCUGUGUUAAACCUGAAUGUCCAAAGCCAGAUCCAAGGUGCACAGACCAAUUCAAAUGGUGCUUUUUAGUUCCAAAACAUGGAAUAUGUCAUCACAGAUUUUAUGGAUCAAAAUGUUGUCGUUCCUGCAGUGGAUUCUUCACUGGAUAAUGAUUACUGUGUCCAAUAUUCAGGGAACCAGUUUGUGGUCUCCAAUAUUCAGGGAUACUCCGAUUUAGCAUUUGAAACUAAUUACAAGAGUUUUAUGGAAAAGACAUGAAAAGAAAAUGAUUUUGUAUAUGAUUUUUGUUUUGACAGACCAUUGAAAUGUAUAGGAUAUUUACAUUUACUAAUUACCUAGUAAUAUUUAUCAUAAAUUGCAUCUUUUUUUCAUUUCACAUGACAAUCUUUUACAAAAUGUUUAUUUAUUUGUCAUUUUGUUUCAGUAACCAAAGGGUACCAGCAAACGUAAACAUGUAUUUUACAUUUAAUAUGUGUAUAUUUGAUAUUGUAUUUUAUUGAUGCUGUAUUUUUAACCAAUCAAAAUGUCCUGUAUACAGCUUUGUAUUUAUUUAUAUUUGUUAAAAUGUUUUUUUGAGGGAUUUUUUUUAAUAGCUGUAUCUGAGAUUUAAAUCACAAGAAAUGAUUGUAAAUAGCUGAAUAUAUUAACCUAUUUUAAAGUAUCAGUCCUCUAUGAUAUGAUCAUAUCUGGAUACAUUAUAUAUUUAGGAAUACCAUGCUAAAAUUUUAUAGUUAGGCAUACCAUGCUAAAAUGUUAUCUAUGUUUUGCAAUCAGCAUUCUGCAAACUUUUAUCCUUACUUGAAACAGAA